AUGAUAAGCUUUGGGACCCACAGAAAAGCCGAAGUACGAGGGGAAGCGGCUGAAGCGCAGAAGGGGCCACUUGCUCACCCUCCACGAACUUCCCUCAAACUUGGAUUCCCACGGGAAAGCCGGAGUGGGCGGGGGCUCGGGAGCGUUCCGAGGGGUCCGAGCAGCCCCGAUGUCCUCCAGGGUAAGGAUGCCCCCCCUGCUCAGUGCCCGGCCAACCGCGGGAGCCCAAAGCAGACUCCGCCAAAGAAGCGCCCGCUGGGGAGCCCGCCUGGGAGCAUCGGGCCGGCUGCUGCCCCGAGUGGGACCAUGGGAGCCAGAAAGCUGAGGGGCACAGGAGACAGAGGACUCCGAAUGCCGGGCCAAGGCUUUGCUGUCCGCCCUGGAGGUGAUGCCAGCCCUUUGGAGUUCAUUCAGCUUCUGAAGGCCAUCGCUGAAAAUGAAAUGCGAUUACCUUUCUCCUCAACCUGGGUCAGACCCACCUGGUGGGGGCUGGGGCCAUUCUGUGGAGUUGGACCUUGCGGCCGCCCCGGCCGCUGCUGCCUUCUGGGCCUCCUCUGGGCACUCUUCCUGAGCCCGCGCGGCGCCCCGGGGCUCCCCGGUCCCCCUGCCCGCCUGCCUCUGCCCGGCCCCCUGCCCCACGUGGAGAAGUACGAGGUUGUGUAUCCGCUGAGGGUUCCUGGCGCCCGGGCCCGGAGGGACCUGUCCCCGGCUCCGUACCCAGAAAGCCUGCGCUACGUCCUGGCCCUGGCCGGCCGCAACGUCACCCUCCGCCUGCGCAGGAACAGGGACCUGAUGGGGGCCAGCUACACCGAGACGUACACCCUGGCCAACGGCACUGAAGUCACCAAGCGGGCCGCCCGGCAGGACCAUUGCUUCUACCAGGGCCACGUGGAAGGGCACAAGGACUCGGCGGCCAGUAUCAGUGCCUGCCACGGGAUCAGGGGAUUCUUCCGGACGGGAGCCACGGCCCAUGUCAUCGAGCCCCUAGAGGAGGAGGGCGGCGGGCAUGCCGUCUACAGGGCGGAGCAGCUUGUGCGGAAGCUGGUGACCUGCGGGGUCAGCAACAGCACCCUGGAGGAUCUGGAACCCAGGAUGUCUGCGGCCCAAAAGCCCAGGAACUGGAAAUCCGCCUCAAAGGAAACUCGCUAUGUGGAGCUCUACGUGGUUGUGGAUCACACCGAGUACAGGAAGUACAGGAACCGAGAGGACAUUCGGAGCCGCGUGAAAGAGAUUGUAAAUCACGUGGACAAGCUCUAUCAGAAGCUCCGUUUCCGAGUGGUUCUCAUCGGCCUGGAGAUAUGGGACCGGCAGGACAAGGCCCAGAUCAGCAGCAGCCCUGAGGACACGCUGGAAAACUUCCUCAGGUGGCGGAGUCGGGAGCUCGUCCCCUGGAAGAAGCAUGACAACGCCCAGCUGAUCACGGGCGUGGAUUUCGAGCACACGACGGUGGGGCUGGCCAAGGUGGCCUCCAUGUGCACCCUGAGUUCCGGGGCUGUGAACCAGGACCACCACGAAAACCCCGUCGGCGUCGCAUCCACCAUGGCUCACGAGAUGGGCCACAACCUGGGCAUGGACCACGACGAGAACGUCCCCGGCUGCUACUGCCAGGAGCACAGACAGAAUGGCGGCUGCAUCAUGGCGGCCAGCCUCAGCUCCGUCUUCCCCAAGACGUUCAGCUCCUGCAGCCGCAACAACCUGGAGAACUUCGUGGGGAGCAACAUCUUCCAGGCCAGCUGCCUGAACAACCCCCCGAGGCUGGAGGACAUCUACGGGGGCCCGGCCUGCGGCAACGGCUUCGUGGAGCUGGGCGAGGAGUGCGACUGCGGCUCCCCAGAGGACUGCACCAAUCGCUGCUGUAACGCCACCACGUGCAGACUGAGCCCGGGAGCCACGUGUGCGCAGGGAGAGUGUUGCCACGAGUGCCAGGUUUGCAACCACAAGAGGGAAUGCCAUUGUCAGCCGGGCUGGGCUCCCCCUUACUGCCAACAGAGAGUGACUGAUGCGACCUCAGACCACCGUCCACAGCCCGAGUCGCCCACCGUGAGCCUCCCUGUUUCAGAACGCAGUUGUCUGACCCCCACCCCUGCAGAGACGACUGGGGCCUCCGGGGUGCUGGUGGGGAUUCUGGUGCCCCUGACUGUGCUCGCCAUCCUGCUCAUCGUGGCCUUCGUCCUCUACAAGCGGCGGGUGCUUCCCCCUUUCCAGAAAAGGAAAAUGGUGACGGAAGCCCCUUCCGGCCUCUCCAACCCCUUGUUCCGAGAAGCUGGCAGCAGGGCUCCCCGCCCAGCCUCUGCUGCCCCUGCUGCCCCCCGCCCCAAGCCUGGGGUCCCUAGACAGCCACCCUUGGCGCCUCCUGCGGCGCUUCGGCCCGAGGCCCCCUUUCAGGUGCCCGUCUAUACCAGGCAGAUCCCUCCACAGAACAAGCCCGCACCACCCAGCAAGCCGCUGCCAGAGCUGAAGCCCAAGCAGGUGCUCAAGCCAACUUCUGCUCCUCCGCCGCCGCCCGUAAAACCUCCGGCUGGGCCCGCUCAGGGAGCGGGUCCCAAGGUGGCUCUGAAGCCGCCAGUGCAGCGCAGGUGACUGCCCACCGGCACCCGGAGACCGGGGAGUCUGCUCGUUGCUUUGAUGGUCCCCAUCCUGCCGUCCGGGACCGUGCUUGAUGUCGCAACCAGUCAUCCGCAGUGCAGGGGAGGAAGGAGCUGGGAUGGCCGAUCUGGGCCCCCAGGGCUGGGCCCGGACUUUGUCUGUCUUUGGAGAGCCGAGACCUCCCCUGAGCAGGCCCUGACCUUCUGCCUCUGAGGGCCUUUCCCCUCUGCACCUCUGGCCCCCGGCUGCCCGCAGGAACAGUGAGCCCCAGUCCAGGCAGCGGAACAACCAAGGGAAUCUGUGAAACCUCCGCUUCCUCCCACAAGGGCAGCCUUGCUCUUGGGCGGGAUGGACGUCUCUCAGGGACAAUGACUUCAGCCCGGUCGUUUCGAGCGGGCCCCCAAAGGUUGCCUUUUCCACAGCCGCUGGGCGUUCGGGGACAGCUCAGCCCCCCAAGGCCAGCGCAGGUACCCUGGCCAUCGGGACAUAUCCAGCCGCCCCCCCCCCCCCCCCCCCCCCCCCCCCCCCCCCAGCCCGACCUCACCGUGGGGCCGGACUCGCUCGCGGCAUGGCCCGAGGCCUCAGCCUCGCUGGGACCCCCCCAUGCCCCGGCCCACGGGCUGCGCCCUCUGCUCAUCUCAGGUUUGGGGGUCACUGUGUCUGCUGCUCCCUCAAGACUGCAGGCGCUUUUCUGAUCCGUUUCCAUUGCUAAAAGUGCUGCAUUUUGUCUAUUCUAUGGGAGGAUCUUUGGGAUAAUGGGAAAAUGCCCUGAAUAUUUUUAUAAUAUUGAAAACUCCUUCUUUGUGUAAUCGUCUGUUGUUAUGGGGCUCUAUGCAGGGCAGGGUUUGUUGUUUCGAUCACACUUACAGAUUGUUUUUGUAAAAAUAAAACACGUGAAGGGA